AUGCACAUCAAAUGGGUCGAGGCAAUACCCCUCAAAGACUACGCCGGAGCAACUCUGACUGCGUUCAUCAAGGAACAUAUCAUCUACACGUUCGGUGCGCCUAUGAUAAUUAGGGAAUACAAUGCCAAGUCAUUCGUAAACAAGGAUGUCAUAUAUCGUCUUCGCCAAACAACACAAGGCUGCACACAUCAACCCCCUACUACCCCCAGGAGGAACGGGCAGGCAAAAGUAACGAAUAAGACACUCAUCCGGAUUUUGAGCAGAACGGUGCAUGAACAUCACCGAGAAUGGUAUGAACAGUUACCGCUCGCAUUAUGGGCAUAUAAAAUCUCGAAACGCAGCUCUUCAGGAACGUCGCCCUAUUCACUAGUCUAUGGGGAAGAUGCGAUACUGCCAGCAGAAAUAGCGAUUCCGUUAGUAAGAGUGGCAAUGGCUAGUCACACCACACCAGACGAAAUAAGUCGUUUUUCCCACUUAGAUACGAUAGAAGAAAUAAGAGCACGAGCGGAACGAUUCGCAGAAGCUUACAAGAAACGCACGACUAAUUAUUACAACCAAAGCGUGAAAGAGAGAGCCUUCAAGGCAGACGAUUUGGUCUUAAAAAUCGCCCCUCAUGUACAAAUAAACGCCAGCACUGGGAAGUUUUCCGCAAAUUUGGAAGGCUCGUUCAAGAUAAGAAAAGUGGCAAACAGUGGAUACUACAAGCUUAGGCGAAUGAAUGGAACUAAAGUCAAAACGCCCAUCAAUGGAAAAUGGUUGAAAAAGUUUUAUGCAUAA